UCAGCCCACAACUGUGGGAGUAGCAAUCUUGAGACCAUCCUGCUUCCCCGCCCAUCCCUUAGAGCAGCCACGGCUCCCGGAAACAGCCUCCACACUUGUAAGGAACACAGAUGCGCCAGAGGCCAGUGGAAGGAGCUCGAGUUCUCAAGGGCUGUUCCUAGGCUUGCACCGUACAGUUUAUUAUCUUGGUUGACUGAAACAACAGAGUGAAACUUCCAUUAAACAAUUAUUGUAGAAACAAAAUCUAGACCUCCAGUUCCUCAAGACAGGCACCUGUUUGUCAAAAAUGGACAACAAGCUGGAUUACAUGAGAAGGGAGUUGGUGGAUAUUCAGGGUGUCCCUCUCUUCUGGAGCAUGGUUGAGGCAUGGUCCCAGGUGGAGUCAUUUGAAAGCCGACCAGAUGACCUUUUGAUCUCCACCUACCCCAAAUCUGGAACAACCUGGGUCAGUGAAAUAGUGGAUUUGAUCUAUAACAAUGGAGAUACAGAGAAAUGUAAACGGGAUGCAAUAUACAACCGAGUGCCAUUCAUGGAAUUUAUAGUUCCUGGAAUUUCAAAUGGCGUUGAGGAUUUGAAACGCAUGCAGUCUCCUCGAUUAGUGAAAACACACUUACCUGUUCAACUUCUCCCUUCUUCAUUUUGGAAGAAUAAAUGCAAGAUGAUCUAUGUUGCACGCAAUGCUAAAGAUGUGGUUGUGUCUUACUAUUAUUUCUACAAAAUGGCAAAAAUUCACCCAGACCCUGGUACCUGGGAAGAGUUCCUGGAUAAAUUCAUGACUGGGAAGGUGGCGUUUGGUUCUUGGUAUGACCAUGUGAAAGGCUGGUGGGAAAAGAGGAAAGAUUAUCGUAUCCUUUACUUAUUCUAUGAAGACAUGAAAGAGGAUCCAAAGCGCGAAAUUCAGAAGUUGUUAAAAUUUCUAGAAAAAGACCUACCAGAAGAAACAGUGAAUAAGAUCAUCUAUCAUAGCUCUUUUGAUGUCAUGAAGCAGAAUCCUAGUGCAAAUUAUACUACUGUACCAGAUUUUGAUAUGGAUCAUUCUGUGUCUCCCUUCAUGAGAAAAGGUAUUUCAGGAGACUGGAAGAAUAAAUUUACUGUAGCCCAGUAUGAGAGAUUUGAAGAAGAUUAUGAAAAGAAAAUGAGAGGGUCUACACUGAAGUUUCGUUCAGAGAUCUAAGAAAUACCUGCUCUUUGUCCAACUCCUUAGCUGAUACUUAAAUUAAAAGAAAGAAAUCUCUUAAAACAUUUAGUGAAAGAAAACUAUGUGAUAUUUCCUUAUCUACUGUUAGUGGUUUGUAAUAGAAUAUUCAAAAAAUUUCAAAGUCUACAUAUGAAAAAUCAAUACUGUCUCUAUGAUUUUAACUACCAUUUACAAUGUUAUUAUUCUUAAAUCUAAGUAAUAAAAUUAAGUUUAAAAUCUGUAA